UCAACCUCUUCUCCAAACUGGUCCCCGGGCAGGCCCCACCAUCUGCUCCUCUUCUAGAACAUCCCUCAAUCCCACCUUUGUUUAUUAGACAAGACACAUCCUAGAGCCUCACCACCCCCCACCUUUCUGAAUCUGCACAACAUUUACCCUCUCACAGAGAUACCCGAGCAAUCUCUUUUCCCUGUGAUAUAAGAUCCAUCGAGCUAUGGCAACUACGUCCAAGCAGCGCCUUGCGCUGGCCAUCUGCGACUUCCUGUCAACCUCUGUCACCGAUGGCACACUCUCAGCAGAUGACCAGGACUCCAUCGAUGUUGCUGUCAACUGCAUUGCCGAGUCCUUCAAGGUCGACCCCUCCAACAAGGCCGCCGUAUCCGAGGCCAUUGGCGACCAAAAUCUCCUGAAAAUAUACGGCGUUUACGAGAAGUUGAAGAACUCUGCAAAGCCUGCUACCGAUGCUUCCUCCUCUGCCGCACCGUCCCAAUCAGGCCCAGUCAGCGAAGAUGCCAAGAAGGAGGCCGAGGCGCUCAAGUCCAAGGGCAAUGCCGCCAUGGCGCAGAAGGACUACCCCAAGGCCAUCGACCUGUACACCCAGGCCCUGAGCCUCCACCCCGGCAACGCAAUCUUCCUGUCGAACCGUGCUGCCGCACACAGUGCCGCAAAGGAUCACGAGAGCGCCCGUGCUGACGCCGAGGCCGCUGUCGCCAUAGACCCCAAGUACACCAAGGCGUGGAGUCGCCUGGGCCUCGCCCGAUACGCCCUGGACGACGCCAAGGGAUCCAUGGAGGCAUACCAGAAGGGUAUCGAGUACGAGGGCAACGGUGGCAGCGAGGCCAUGAAGAAGGGUUUUGAGACCGCCAAGAGGCGGGUCCAGGAAGAGUCUGAGGCCGAGGUCGCGUCAAGAGGUGCCGGUGCCGGUGCUGGAGCCGGCGGCCCCAACCUGAAUGACCUGGCGAGCAUGUUCGGUGGCGGCGGUGGCCAAGGAGGUGGUGGCGGCGGCAUGCCGGAUCUGUCGUCCAUCAUGAGCAACCCCAUGUUUGCUUCCAUGGCUCAGAACCUCAUGAGCAACCCAGAUCUCAUGCAAAACCUCAUGAGCAACCCCAGGCUGCGUGAGAUGGCCAACUCUUUCGGUGGCGGUGGUGGUGGCGGCGGCGGCGGCAUGCCUGAUAUGUCAGCUCUUAUGAACGAUCCCAACAUCGCCGAGAUGGCACGUAAUCUGAUGGGAGGUGGCGGUGCUGGCGGCAACGGUGGUGCCCCUGGUGGUGGGCCUGGGGCUGGAAGCGGUUCUAGCAACUGAGCACAAUAGCCGGCAUCGCACAUCACUCAACCUUCUUCUCCAAGUCUCACCUUCAAGACAACUGCUCCUCAUUAUUACUAGAAGCCUAGCUUUGGAGUUCACAACGAGGUUUUUCUCUGCCGGCUCUUUUACCGUAUUUGACUGGCUACACCAUGGUCACACUAUUUCCCGCGUUCGCGCGCUGCUCGUGCCAUAUAAACCAUAUUUGAGAAGCUCAUGACCCAAGCACAGCGCAGAAGAGGCGUUUGACCACAACCCAAGGCAAAGCACGCUCAAGUGAACGAGUGGCCACUGAUGUGAACUUCACCCGUCUUUUGAAAUCCGUUUAUCUCGGCUCUUCGGGGUCUCGUGUCUGCCUCGUCUUGAUGAUUCCAAUAAAUAGCCCGGUGGGAUGUUUCAUAUGGCAGUACCAACAAGUGGUUAAAAAAUGCUCAAAAUAUGCCACUGCCUGCGUCCAAGUCAUGAUGACUAUCAACGCGUGCUCGCGGUUGUAGAUUCUUGCGUCUACAAAAGGCUCCUGUCCAGCUUGGACCAUUGGGAAAAGGCAUAUUUAAUAUAUAUUCGGCUGGUUCAGCUCAGAAGCCACGCUCCG